AUACCACCAGUACUGAACAAGACUUAGCCAAUAGUAAAGAAGAUAAUGUCAGAAAUUUGAUUAUAGAUCUGAUAAUAAAAUUUCCAGAUCUAACAAUUGAACAGGAAUUAAACAGAUAUACCAAGAUUAACAAUAUGCAAAUAUCUAUGGAGGAAGCAUUUGAUGAAAUGUAA